GCUAUCUAUCCGUCAGACGCUGCGCUACGAAAAUGCCUAAUUUGGCGUGGCACAAUUGAGGCGGCGGGUGAGUGCGCGCUCCAAGCUCCAGAGCCCUGUCCGACAAAGCAUAUGAUGCGGAGGCGCGCCGAUCGAGCAGCUCCGUGCGGUUGGACCCCUCACGCGGAGCAUAUAGAAGCUAUGUGCACCAGCUUCCAGAGCUCCCUUGUCGUUUCAACCUCGUAGACUAGCCAUUGACAACCGUCUACAGCUUCCACGAUGCUGCUCUCACGCUCCCGCUGCGCGCUCCGACCGCUCUCGUCCCUGCCGUCCGCCCGACCUUUCGGUGGUAGCAGACGCACCAUGUCUCAAUACAGUCCCGACCUCAGGUCGUACCUCGUCACGCCCGCUGAGCUCGACUCCGCCCUCAAAAAGAACGUCCAUAGCAAGCUGUCGACAGCCCCGAAGAUCAUUCCACUCUGCGCAUCAUGGUUCCUUCCGAACGACGGCCGAAAUGGUCUCGACACCUUCAAAGCAUGCCGUAUUCCUCACGCCCGCUUCUUCGACCUCGACGAAGUCAAGGAUCCGACUUCUCCAUACCCGCACAUGCUUCCGUCGGCUGAGGACUUUGCGAAGGCAAUGGGUCGAUUGGGCAUUCGCCGCGAUGAUAGCGUGGUCGUGUAUGACACGAAAGAGCUUGGAAUAUUUUCUGCGCCGAGGGUUGGAUGGACACUUCAGGUCUUCGGACAUUCGAAUGUGCAUGUAUUGAACAACCUCCGCAAGUGGUGUGACGAGGGAUAUCCCACAAAGAGCGGAGAGCCAGGCGACGUUCAGCCGGUCGACUAUCCGGUGUCGGAGCUCAUGCAGAACAAGGUGGCGGCAUUCGAGGAGGUCAAGGAGAUAGCAAAAGAACUGGGAAAGGAAGGGGCGGAGGAGGUGCAGAUAUUGGACGCGAGGAGCCUAGGACGAUGGAAGGGAACGGACCCGGAGCCUAGAGAGGGUCUCUCGUCUGGCCACAUUCCUCACUCCAUCUCCGUGCCCGUCUCGGAGCUGCUCAACCCGGACGACAAGACGCUCUUGCCAGCCUCAAAACUCCAAGCACUCUUCAAGGCUAAGGGUGUCGACCCCUCGAGGCCCGUUAUUAGCAGCUGCGGCACUGGAGUCACUGCUGCGGUAAUUGACGCUGCUCUCACCGAAGCUGGCUUCCCGCUAGAGAACAGGAGAUUGUAUGACGGUAGCUGGACGGAGUGGGCUCAACGGGUCACUCCCGGCGAGAGCCUCAUUCGGACGAGCGAAUAAACACACAAAAUGCACGGCGACUGAGAUGAUACGACUAUAUGGAACGAUACCCUUUCAUUCUCCUAUGAGUUGACAAUGAUAGCAAUUGUAUUAUACGCGACGAGCUGGAAAAGGCCAAGCUGGUGAGGACUGCAGGGGAUUGCGUCAGCCUUUACGCCAAUCAUAGGUAGAAUUCAAUUUAAAGAUUACAGUGCUCUCAUGGGUGAG